ACUCAAAAUCCGAGAAAAGAAGGUGUUAUUAACAAUUGGUAACCAAACCCGAGAUUAAGUAUGGUCCAAAGAAUUCACCCAAGUGUUUAGAUCACUUUCCCCCAAAGCAACAAGGCAAGGUUACACUCAAAUCCACCAAAAGGAGUGAAAUACUUUUAAAGUUUUUAAAACCUUCUCAAACACAAACUCAAGUGGGUCGACCACCAAACUGAAAAGAGAACAAAGGAAGAAAACCACUAAGACAAAACAAAGAUUACUUAAGGACAAGCAAGAAAAGCACAAAGCCGAGGAAGUUAAACUCUAAUGAAAGGAAAUUAUGUGACAACUUUUACCAAAACAAACAAGAAAAGCAUAUUUAAAGACUCUAUGGAAAGUACUUGAACAUGCCACACCAAGUCUUAAAUCAUGCAUACACUAAGAAAGAUAAUAGCCAAGUUAAGAAUGGAACUAAUUAGCAAUUAUCACCCACAAUUUUAAUAUGAAAACUAAUAGCAUAACACCUAAUCAAAAUUGAACUUUUGGUUCACCAAAGAGCAAGUUUGCCCUUGAAAAAAUGAGUAAAAAGGUGUUAAGAUUUUUCUUCUUUCACAAGUUUCAUAAGAUAGAAAGACAAUGUUUUUACGUGACUUGGACACUUAGUUCCUCAAAUUUUAGGCCAAAAUCAAUUUCAAGGAGCAUAUAUCAAGCAAGACAUAAAAUGAAUGCCAUAUUCAAAUACUUGGAAUAACAAGAACAAGAAAACUUCAACCUAACAUAUGACAUAUGACUCAAGCAAAAGUUGGACACAUUUAUGACUUCCAUGGGCAGAAUAUUGGUUCAACACGACAUAUCAUGAGUCAACAGGUACUGCCCCAUUUGAAGCGGUGUACGGACAUAGACCUCCCCUAAUUGUGCGGAGUGUACCGGGGGAAGUCAGAGUGGAAACAAUGCAAAAGGAGUUAUUGGAUCGGGAUGAGGCUUUAAAGAAGCUAAAGAAUCACUUGUUGAGAGCUCAAGGUCGAAUGAAGGUUUAAGCAGAUAACACAAAACAAAUAUAAGCUUCGAGGUAGGAGAAAUGGUAUUUUUGAAGCUCAAGCCACAUAGACAGAAUUCGGUGGUGGCCAGGAUAUGCCCGAAGUUGAGUGCUAGGUAUUAUGGUCCUUUUCAAAUUCUGGAAAGGAUAGGUGAGGUUGCUUAUCGUUUAAAAUUGCCCCCAUCAUCAAGGAUACAUCCUGUUUUUCAUGUGUCCCUCCUCAGGAAAGCAGUGGGGGACUAAAAGACAAGGGAAGAAUUACCUACCGGGUUAGAGGAUGAUGAUGCUGAAAUAAUUGAACCCCUGUCGAUUCUAGCUUCCUGCAGUGUUAUGAAGAAGGGAGAACGAAUGAAUCAAUGACUCGUCCAUUGGAAGGGAAAAACCACAUAAGAGGCUACAUGGGAAGAUGAAGUUUACAUUAGAAGUCAAUUUCCUGAAAUCGGUCUUGAGGACAAGACAAUUCUUCAAGAGGAGAGUACUGAUAAGGCCCAAAGAAUAAGUGGGCUCCCUCAACAACAAGCCCACGAUGGUAUCAAGGCACGGUGGGGAAAGUGUACGUGAGAAAGAAGGAUCCAAGGGGUGAGGUGGCAGGUAGUUAGAAGAAAGAGAAAUCAGGAGGGGAAUGGGGGGAGAUUCUAUUUGAUAUUCAGUUUUGCAAAGUGUGAGGGGGGAAGUUUUUUGGCAAAGAGAGGAGAGGAACCAUAGGUGUUGCUCCAGAGAGGAGCGUAGCUCUGGGUGGGAUUUGUUAUCCUUCUAUUUCACGUUUUCGUUUACAGUAUAAUAAAUACAUCAAUGUGUUUUUUCUUCCUCAUUUCCUUAUUUCUAAACUUUUAAGGAGUGGGUAUGUAUCAAUCAUUUACUUCCUCUAGCUAAAGGGGAAAAAUAGAAAUUCACAAAACAAAUUUUCUGAUGAUGAAAGAAGAGUUAAGGAAAUUUCCAACACCUUAUGCUGUCGAAAGUCCAAAGCAAAUAUAAAUUACAAAAGGGUGUCAAAGGCAUUGAAAUGCAAUACAUAAUUCUGUUUUGGGAAUACAUCAAAUUGUGAUUCUAUGGCGGUUCUAUGUCGUUGUUGAUUAGUUGAAGUUAUAGAUGCCAUGAUUGGUUUCUUCAUAAUAGCUAGUUUGUAAUAUUAGAUGACCCAAUUCCUAUGCAAUGCAUGUACCCCUUUCAAGUUCAAACCUUUCGCAACCUUCUCAAAGUUUGCAUAGCCCAAAGAGACCUCAUAACAGGCAAAACCCUCCAUGCCCUUUACUUCAAGUCUCUCAUCCCACCCUCCACCUACCUCUCCAACCACUUCACCCUCCUCUACUCCAAAUGUGGUUCCCUCCACAGUGCCCAAACCUCCUUCCACCUCACUCAACACCCCAAUGUUUUCUCUUACAACACCCUCAUCAAUGCUUAUGCAAAACACUCCCUUAUCCAUCUUGCCCACCAGCUGUUUGAUGAAAUUCCCCAACCAGACAUAGUCUCUUACAACACCCUUAUAGCUGCCUAUGCUGAUAGGGGUGAGUGUGGGCCGGUGUUGAGGCUCUUUGAGGAAGUUAGAGAGCUCGAUUUAGGCCUUGACGGGUUCACGCUGUCUGGCGUGAUUACUGCCUGUGGUGAUGAUGUUGGAUUGGUUCGGCAGUUGCACUGUUUUGUGGUGAUGUGUGGGUAUGAUGGUUAUGCUUCUGUGAAUAAUGCAGUGCUCGCUUGCUAUAGUAGGAAGGGGUUUUUUAAUGAGGCGAAGAGGGUGUUUAGGGAGAUGGGGGAGGGUGGGGUCAGGGAUGAGGUUUCGUGGAAUGCAAUGAUUGUGGCAUGUGGGCAGCACCGGGAGGGAUUGGAGGCGGUGGGAUUGUUUAUUGAGAUGGUUAGGAAGGGUUUGAAGGUUGAUAUGUUUACCAUGGCAAGUGUUUUGAAUGCAUUUACUUGUGUAAAGGAUUUGGUUGGGGGCAUGCAGUUUCACGGAAUGAUGGUUAAGAGUGGGUUCCAUGGGAAUUCACAUGUUGGGAGUGGGUUGAUUGAUUUGUAUUCUAAGUGUGCUGGUGGCAUGGUGGAAUGUAGGAAGGUGUUUGAGGAGAUUUGUGCACCUGAUUUGGUUCUUUGGAACACGAUGAUCUCUGGGUUUUCUCAGUAUGAGGACUUGUCUGAAGAUGGCCUGUGGUGUUUCCAGGAGAUGCAGCGGAAAGGUUUUCGUCCGGAUGAUUGUAGUUUUGUGUGUGUGACCAGUGCUUGUUCUAAUUUGUCAUCCCCUUCUGUGGGAAAACAGGUUCAUGCAUUGGCUAUCAAAUCUGACAUUUCUUAUAAUCGCAUUUCAGUGGAUAAUGCUCUUGUAGCUAUGUAUUCUAGAUGUGGGAAUGUUCAGGAUGCAAGAAAGGUGUUUGAUACAAUGACACAGCAUAACACGGUGUCUUUAAACUCGAUGAUUGCUGGCUAUGCACAGCAUGGUGUUGAAGCUGAGUCGCUUAGGCUUUUUGAACUGAUGCUGCAGAAAGACAUUGCACCAAACAGCAUAACCUUCAUAUCUGUUCUUUCUGCGUGUGCACACACAGGAAAAGUUGAAGAGGGUCAGAAAUAUUUCAAUAUGAUGAAAGAAAAAUUUGGGAUUGAACCAGAAGCAGAACAUUUUUCCUGCAUGAUAGAUCUUUUGGGUCGAGCAGGCAAGCUCAGGGAGGCUGAGAGGAUUAUUGAAACAAUGCCAUUUAACCCUGGUUCUAUUGAAUGGGCUUCUUUGCUUGGUGCGUGUAGGAAGCAUGGAAAUGUGGAGCUAGCAGUGAAAGCAGCCAAUGAGUUCCUCCGGCUGGAACCUUAUAAUGCUGCUCCAUAUGUAAUGCUUUCAAAUAUGUAUGCAAGUGCCUCCAGAUGGGAAGAGGCUGCAAACAUUAAAAGGAUGAUGCGGGGGAGAGGAGUGAAGAAGAAACCAGGUUGUAGUUGGAUAGAGAUAGAUAAGAAGGUUCAUGUCUUUGUGGCCGAAGACACUUCACAUCCAAUGAUAAAAGAGAUUCAUUUGUACAUGGAGGAAUUGUUAAGGAAAAUGAAGCAAGCAGGGUACGUACCUGAUAUAAGAUGGGCAUUGGUGAAUGCUGAAGAGAUAGAGAGAAAUGAGAGAGAAAGAAGGUUAUUGAAUCACAGUGAGAAGCUGGCAGUUGCAUUUGGCCUAAUCUCCACUGAAGAAGGAGUGCCUAUAUUGAUUGUGAAGAACCUAAGAAUUUGUGGUGAUUGCCACAAUGCCAUCAAACAUAUUUCAGCCAUCACUGGCAGGGAAAUCACUGUUAGAGAUACUCACAGGUUUCAUUGCUUUAAGGAAGGGCAAUGUUCCUGCAGGGAUUAUUGGUGACGAAAAACAAUCAGUAUUUCUAUUUCAGUGGGAAAGUGUUAUACUACUACCUUACUAAUUACACACCUGUGUCAAGUUUGGGUAAACACUUUUUCAGUAGAAGUUUUUCACACCAGAGCUUAUAUCAUUAGCUUGACUUUGAAGCUUACUGAAAUAAGUUAAAAAGAACUUAAUUUAGUAAGAUUCAUUGUGGUAGGAAGGCCAUAAACGUUUAGGUGACAAAAGGUUAUGGUUUCAAUGAACAUUUGGGUUAUCAACUUUACUUUUUCCCAAGUAUAACCAUCCAAAAGACAGAUUUCAAUCUGCUGAAAGUUCUUGCUUUAUAUCUUAGGUGAAUAAUUCAGUCAUUGCAUAGGUCCCUUUUUUCCUUUGUUUUCCUUACUUGUGACUAGAUUAGCCAAAGCAUUAGACUUUUGGGUGUCCAUUCCUCCACUAGCCAUUGUUUUUUAUGUCUUACACCUGAUGAUUAAACGAAAAAGCCAAAGGCUCUCACCAUAAGUAAGAUCAAGUACAUUUGAGGAUACCUUACCACAAAAAAGUAGUCAUUGAUGUUGUAGAGCAGAACAGAAGGUUUUAUAAACUCCACACCAAAUCUAGUACUUCUAAUGUCAGACUCAAGAUCUCUACUUUGAAUUGGAUUUGUUUGGGAUUCAAUUCUGUUGUGAUGCUCAUCUAGUUGAUCGACUCAUGUUUGUGAUCCUGGGGAUUCUGAAAGAACAAAUUAUUCAUUGAUUAUGUAUUAUUCUGAAAUGACGACUUAUAGGACUUUCCUUUUGAAGAAAGCAAUUGCGCCGGUGUCAUCUAUUUCUACCUUCUUAUACCGUAGCAAUGCAUUUGAAUUCAUUUUCUGUUAGUCUUCAUUCGAGAAUCAUUAAUUAGAUCUUAUUCAGAAAAGUUUGUUAUGUACAAUAUACUGAUUAAUUAAUACAA